UGUACUCGUGGAUCAAGUGUCCACACUGCGCACCCAAGAACUGGACCCUGAACCUAAAGAGAGCGACAAUAAAGAUGCCAGCAACGGCAAGUUAGAUAUCCUCUCCAGCUCUCGAAAAUGAGGGAGGAACGUGACUUCUUCCAGGCCCAAUACAAAUUUCAAACACACGUCAAUAGGGAGCUAAAGAACCUGCUGGUGGCGUCAGUGGGUGAGGAUCUGCAGACUCGCGUCAAUCUGCUCACCGAAGACAAGUUGCAGCUGGCUCGAGCCCUGCUGGAUACUGCCAACAAUCUGACGACGCAUACUGAGCAAAUUAAGUUUCAUGCGAGGUAUGGCGAUCCAAGUUUCUGACCAGCAGUGUCAUGGUCGAG